AUGUCCGCCGAUUUCUGGGCUGGCUACGUCAGUGGUGCCAUCAGUAUUAUCAUCGGCAAUCCUCUCGAUCUUCUCAAAGUUCGUCUUCAAGCCUCAAGAUCAUCACGUGCGAAUGGUCUCUCUCAAAGUCUCAACCCUGCCACUUUAAGUCCGUCAACCACCGCGGUUGCCACCCCCAGCUCGUUUGUCCGCGGAACCGCAGCCCCAAUCCUCACAACUGGUGCUCUUAAUGCCCUCCUAUUUGUAACCUACAACCGCACCCUCUCUUUCCUCCACCCUACCUACACUCCAAACCACCCGGAGUCCAUACCUCUCUCCUCGACAUUUAUAGCCGGCACGAUUGGCGGUCUUUGUUCCUCCAUUAUUUCCACCCCCACUGAAUUAAUAAAAUGCCGCACUCAACUGUCCAGUCUCCCUCUCUCUUCCCUGGCCAUCGCUCGUUCCAUCUUAUCUACGACCGGAGUUAGAGGCUUGUACUUUGGAGGUGUGGUUACCGCUUUGAGGGACAGUAUAGGAUACGGAUUUUAUUUCUGGAGUUAUGAAUUGUCUUCUCGUCUUUACUCUUCUUAUUUUCUUUCUCAGCCUUUAGCCUCACACGGACUGGAGAAUGACACAAGUUCUCGAGACGAAGCAAUCAAAAUUCUCCUUUGCGGUGGUGUAGCUGGUGUUAUAACAUGGGCUAGUAUUUUCCCCCUUGAUGUGGUGAAGACACGACUUCAAGCGCAAAUACUCCCGUCUACACCAGUUUCAGAAACAUCAGCACUUCUUCUGGGAUCUCCGCAAAAACGAAAAGGAGCGCUAGAAAUAGCAAAAAUUGCAUAUAGCAAUGAAGGAAUGGGUGUCUUUUUCAGAGGGUUGGGAGUAUGUAGUUUGAGGGCCUUUAUUGUGAAUGCAGCGCAGUGGGCGGCGUAUGAGUGGAUUAUGAGGGAGUUAGGCGCUAAAGAGGGAGUGUCUGCUGGUGUUAAGGAUAGAGUGCAGAGUGAAAUUUUGAUUUAG